AUGGCUCCCCAGACGACUACUCCCAAGGCGGGCAUGUCGCUCUACGCUAAUUUACUUGACCCUCCAGAAUCCGCAUCUAUAUCUCGCGCGCCAGUAGUCUUCAAGCAAGCUACGGAGACCCUCCAACAAGAUGACUCUGCGGCGAAAAAGCAGCAGAUAAGUGCCGGUAGAGCAUAUACCCUCCCUACUCAACAGACUCCUACAAAGAGACCACAGCUGCCUGCUCAGAGGCUAAAAACGAAACCCGGCAUUUCGAAGCCGCCCGUUGCUGCGGGAUCAGCAAGCCCUGCAGCUCCAGACCAGGGAGCUGCCAAUCCUUCCGUAGCUGCUGGUCGGCCGGUGGGGAAGUCGACUCUUGCAGACUGGACGGCGACCGCGGACGAUGACGACGUGAAUGGGUUCUAUGGAGGAGAGAAACGGCAGCGCGGGGGCCGAAAGAAGCGGAAGAAGAACUAUGGGGCCGAGGUGGUUAUACAGAACUGGGACGAUAUCUAUGACCCAACGCGCCCGAAUAGCUACGAGGCAUACAAACACAGCGAAGAGAAAAUACGCGAGGUUAGAGAGUGGAAGGACAGGUUGUAUGCUCACAGGUUGGCACAACGGUAUAACAGCGACGUGGAGAGUGAUGGUGAAUACUCAAGGCCACAGAUGAAUAAACAAUUUGCUCCUCCUUCGUCCUUCGCGCCACCACCAAACCUGAAUGCGCCCCCCGAAGAGUCUCCAGAGCCAGAACCCACCUUUUCAGAAGCCAUCCCGCAACCUGCUGUGGAAAUUCCCGAUGACCCAACCGGUGAAGAUGCGUAUGCGCGACGGUUACGGCUGAGCUCGAAUAUCAACCAGACAGAGUCACCACUGCCGCCGCCACCACCACCUACUGAACAACCCCCUCCACCAGCAGUCCCAGCAGUCCCAGCUACCCAGCCCUACAGUGCUGCCACCAUAUCUCGCCCUCCGGUUCGAUACGCAUUACCUGCAGCGCCUAGAGAUAUCCCUGCCACAGAGGCCGAACUCGAGGCAACAUUGGCCAGUGAAAAAGAAGAUGCAGGAGAAGACGAAGGCGAUGAGAAUGCUCCUCGCUCCCUUCGACCGGGCCAGAAAGGUUUUGCACAGAGACUGCUGACGAAAUACGGCUGGACAAAGGGCUCCGGUCUUGGAGCCAACGAGUCCGGCAUAGUCAAACCUCUUCAAGUCAAGGUGCAGAAACAGAAGAGGAAACCGGAUUCUGAAGGAGGCGGGGUUGCUACGCCCGGUGGUGCAAGGGGUACAAUUAUCGGCGGUGCUAGAAAACAGGAAGAGCACGGAAAGUUCGGUCCGAUGUCUGACGUCGUCAUCUUACAUGGGAUGGUUGACGGGUUAGACCUUGAUGCCGAACUUGAAUCCGGCGAAUUAAUGCAAGAAAUAGGGGAAGAGUGUGGAGAGAAGUAUGGCCGUGUUGAACGAGUUUAUAUUGACCGGGACAGCAAGGAGAAGAUCCCCGUCUUUAUAAAAUUCACCAACCAACUAUCUGCGUUACGAGCGGUUAAUGCACUCGAGGGCCGAAUAUUCAAUGGCAAUACAAUAACAGCACGCUUUUUCGACAUCGAGAGAUUCGAAGAGGGGAGAUAUGACGAUUGA